AUGUCCUUCAUUUUGAAAAAGCUUAUCCACAAUGAGGCGAUGCGAACGGAUCCCCAAGAAAUCUACGGACGGAGGGUAUAUGCACUAGCAUGUUCGGCAUGUUUCGGGGGUAUGCUGUUUGGGAUGGAAACCGGAAUCAUCGGUGGAGUCCUCACCAUGGAAUCAUUUAAAGCAAAAUAUGGGCUGGAUGAGCUUAGCAGCAAAGCAGCAGCUAAUCUUUCAGCUAACAUCGUCUCUACCCUGCAAGCAGGAUGUUUCUUUGGUGCCCUCGUAGCCUCUUGGGUAGCUGAUAGGUAUGGAAGAAGACUUGGCCUGAUAACUGCGUCUACUGUGGCGAUUCUUGGAGUUAUUAUGCAAGUUGCCGCGAGCGGCCAUCUGGAGGCUAUGUAUAUCGGACGCCUGCUCUGUGGAAUUGGAGUCGGCUUUGCGUCCAUGGUUAACCCUCUAUAUGUCUCGGAGAACGCUCCUCGUGCCAUCCGCGGUGGUCUCACCGGCCUCUAUCAAUUGUUCAUCACCCUGGGUAUCAUGCUAGCUUUCUGGAUCAACUACGGUUCCCUACUUCACAUCCGAGGACCAGCUCAAUACCUCGUCCCUCUAGCAAUGCAAGCCCUUCCAGCUCUUCUCCUUCUAAUCGGCAUGAUGCUCUGCAACGAAUCCCCCCGUUGGCUGGCGAAACAAGAUCGAUGGGAGGAAGCUCGUGUGACCUUAUCCCGCGUUCGUAACCUCCCCCCAACCCACCCCUACAUCGAAGGCGAAUUCCAAGACAUCCUCCGCCAGCUUGAAUUUGAACGCCAACUCGUCCAUGGCUCCAGCUUCACAGAUCUGCUCAAAGAAAUGUGGACUAUCCCCGGAAACCGCAAGCGUGCCCUGAUCAGUAUCUGGCUCAUGAUCUGUCAGCAGAUGACCGGCACAAACGCCAUUAACUACUACGCACCUCAGAUCUUCCAGAACCUGGGCAUCACCGGUAAUGCGACGGGUCUCUUCGCAACUGGUGUCUACGGUAUUGUAAAAGUCAUCGGCUGUGCGGUCUUCCUCGUCUUCGUCGCCGACUCUCUUGGCCGUCGUCGUUCACUCCUUUGGACCUCAAUCGCCCAGGGUCUCACAAUGCUCUACAUCGGUCUGUAUGUCCGCAUCGCGCCACCUGCCAAAGGCGAACCCGUCAUCCCGGCCGGCUACGUUGCCCUUGUCUGCAUUUUCCUCUUCGCCGCUUGCUUCCAAUUCGGCUGGGGCCCCGUUUGCUGGAUCUACGUUGCAGAAAUUCCAACCGCACGUCUCCGCAGUCUCAACGUUUCAUUCGCUGCUGCAACGCAGUGGCUAUUCAACUUUGCCGUUGCCAGAGCUGUCCCGAGCAUGCUCGCCACAGUCGGUGCGAAUGGAUACGGAACAUACAUCAUCUUCUCAUGUUUCUGCUUAACCAUGUUCUUCUUCGUCUGGUUUUUCGUCCCAGAGACAAAGGGCAUCUCCCUCGAGAAAAUGGAUGAGCUCUUCGGGGUCACCAGCUCCGAGUCCGAAGAUGACGAUGGCCCAGCGGAUAAAGAUGACGUCGCAAAGGAGACUCGGGUGGAGACGGUAUAA